GCUCGAAAUCUCCUGCUAAAUGUGAUUUAGCAAGACUCAAACAAUCGUGAGCACACGUUUUAUUUCAAUAGAUGCAUUACUUUGAACAAGUUGACGAUAGCUUGAAUUCCUCUUCAUGGUGAGUGGAUAGAGAUAUUUCCAAUUGAAGUCAAUCAAAUUGACACAGUGCAGGUUUGUUUUCGCUUGGUUUCGUGUAUUUAUCUAGCAGAGAGAUAACCCGUGCACGUAUUCAUCGUAGUCCGAUCUCAUUACGCCCUGUGUUCAAUAAAUUAUUGAAUCACAUGGUCAAUUGAUUAAAUUAGCAAAAUAACAUUGUUGAACAUACUUACUGUUUAACUUAGCAUUCAUGUGAAACAAUGCCAAACUUGCAAAUGAGAUUGGGAGCCAUCCAGGAGAGGGCAAGCCAUUGCCAAGGAUUAAAAAAAAAACAAUAUCAAUGUUUACCUUUCCGACGUGCCUGUCAAAUCAAUUGAUUCCUUGCACGUUUAGUGUUGCGCGUCGGGUCGAGGGUUCAGAAGACUUUUUUGUUGUCUACUUCAUCCCAAGCACACUGACUUCUUGCGAACUGUGACUACGCGAGUAGCUUAUACCUACAAAAGGUAAUUUUACGAUCUUUCCUAAGCGACUUCAACUGGCUCAACCUCUCUUUUGAUUUCAUAAGCAGCACCUCCACGAUUCUAGAAACGAAUUAAAGGAAUCGCCGCCAACAUUCAAGAGGCAAGGUUUGUAUGAUGAGACCUGCAUUACUGCUGCUGGUAUUUAUCGGCCUCUUCGAGUGUUUUUCGGCGGAAGAAGAUCCCAGUAUUUUUAUCCAGGUGACAUGGGACAUGUCAUGGACACGACUUUGUGAUCUUCUCCCAAUGUUUGCGAAAAAGCUUUCGGGUGAACUUAUCGAAUUUAAAGAACUACAGCUCCGGAAAGUCAGUGAAAGCAGGAUUCGUUUCAUAAACAAGGAAACCUAUUGCAGUGGUUCCAGAAGCACUGAAAACGCUAUACUGUACUUAUUCGUCUCAAAGGAUGAAAACGAUCUUAGUAAUUUAGGCGUGGAUAAGAAUCUCACGAUUCUAGCUUACAGGACUCUUUAUGACUAUUGGAGAAACCACAAAAUGCAUUUACUAGACCCCGUUUUCCUUGGAGAGGUAACCAAAGUCGUUCUUAUGGGAAAAGACAAGCCUGACAUUCCAGAGCAAAUGUCUGAGAGCAAAAAAAUAGGGAUCGCCAUUGGCAUUGCUCUGGUAAUAGUUUUCAGCAUCGCUAUACUCUCUUGCUGCGUGUCUGCUAGACGAAAAAUUAGACGCACAACUUGGAGACCUCAUCAUGGCGUCCCAAUUGAAGAAUUUCCUGAACCUACGAUAUUUAGGAGAGGACAAGAAAACGGUCAUCCACAGAUUUAUUAUUCACCUAGGGAAAACUACGAUCAAGAAGAUGCCCAGCCAAGGGUUCAUUACUCACCCAGGGAAGACUACGAGCAUGACGAUCAUCCCCCACCAAGGGAAAAUGAGAGUUGUGACGGGUAUCCUGUGCAGCACCACAGGCAAGACGACGAAGACUCAUUCGGAUCGCCUAUGCU